CUAUUGACAUAUCCAAUCCAAUCCACUCAUUUUUCACUCGGCUUUGGGACUCUGUGCAAAAGCAAGUAGCCUGAAGCGAUGUUGGAAACAAACCAGUCAGGUUCGGAAUACUGGGCUGCGCUAACAUAGCUCGCAAGGUAUCAAAGGGCCAUAAGGCUCUCACCAAACGCCACCCUCCAGGCCAUCGGCAGCCGUUCGAUCGACAAGGCCUCGAAGUUCGUGUCCGAGAAUGGCUUCCCUGACUCGGCUAACAUCUACGGCUCCUACGAAGCCGUGCUUGACGCGCCAUCUACGUGCCUCUCCCCACUAGCCUCCACUUGAAGUGGGCCGUGUUAGCCGCCGAGAAGAAGAAGCAUCUUCUGCUGGAGAAGCCGGUGGCUCUCAACGUGUCCGAGCUCGAUAAGAUUCUGGAGGCGUGCGAAUCGAAUGGGGUGCAGUACAUGGAUGCUACCAUGUGGAUGCACCAUCCGAGGACUGCUAAGAUGAAGGAAUUCCUCGCGGAGCCGGAGCGUUUUGGCAAACUCAAAUCGGUUCACAGCAUCUUCUCCUACGAUGGUGGCCCGGAUUUUCUCAAGACCGACAUUCGUGUGAAGCCGGAUCUUCAUGCUCUUGGCUGUCUAGGUGAUACUGGAUGGUGCUGCACCCGAGCAAUCCUUUGGGCAGCCGACUAUGAACUCCCUAAAACCGUCACAGCUUUACACAAGCCUGAAUUCAAUGAAGCAGGGGUCAUCAUGACCUGUGGUGCUUCCCUAAGUUGGGGUGAUGGGAAAGGAAAAUGUCUGGUAGCUCGAAGUUACCAGGCUCGAAAAUGGCUCGAGAGGAAGAGAGGGAGAGGGAGAGGGAGAGGGAGAGAAAGAGAGGGAGAGGAGAAAGAGAAGGGAGGGAGAGGAAGAAGGUCGGCGUCGCAGCUCCCGGCCCCGCCGUCGUCGUAGCUCCCGCCGCCGCCUCUGCUUCCUCCUCCGUCGCAGCCCUGCCGAUGUCGCAGCACCACCGUCGUUUGCCCAGCCUCCCCUCCUCCUCAAACCGGUUUUUAUGGCCCCCUCCCCUCUCUCCUCCUCCCUUCUCUUCUUCUCCCUUCUUCUUCUUCUUCUUCUUCUUCGUUCUGCAAAACCAGGGGAAAAAAAAAAAAAAAAAUCGACACCAAAACGAUGU